CAUGGAGGGGGCAAGGGCCUAUUCACAGGAGGGGGCCGCUGUGGCCCGGGACCUGCUGGCCCUGGGGUAUAAGGACUCUUUGGGGGCGGUGGCGCGGGGCCCAUCGUGCCCAGACUUCAGGGCGCUGUGCGUGCGGCUGGCUGAGGAGCUGGCGACUCUGGGUGCCUUGGAGCUGGAGCGAGGGGAGGGCGCGGAGGCGUUGAGCGCCGGCGAAGGCCACAGCGCUGAGGAGGAAUUUCUGCGACAGUUGGCCGGCCUGCUACAGCAGCUGCACUGCCCGGACCGCGCACUCUGCGGUAAACACUGUGCGACCUCGCUGCGGGAGCCGGGAGCGUGCCUGCGCCUGCUGCGCUUUCUCUGCACAGAGCUCCAAGCUGCCCGCCUCCUCCGCUUGCAUCCCCGGACAGAUCCCAGCCCAGCGGAGCCCCCACCCGGUGGGGAAGGGGCAGCGGAGGGGGCUGGCAUGGUUCAGGAGCUGGUCCUUAUUCUCCAAGCCCUGGGACUGCCCAGGCCCACGCUGGGGACUCUCGCCAGCGGGCUGCUGCGGGAGUUGCAUACCAAGGUCUCAGAGCUGCUGCCUUUCCUGCCCCUAGGGGCCCUGCAGCCCCUUCUCAGCUCCCCGCUGGACGCACCCAGAUGGGAAGCCUUGGAAUCUCUGUGUCAAGCCCUGCGAGGUCAGUACUGCUGCCGACGCUGCCUCCUCCUUAAGCGCCUGGACCUCACAACAUCUGCAUUCUAUUGGAGUGAUCGGGCAAAGGCCCAAGGGGAGGCCAUGAAGGCAGUGCUGAUCCCAAUUCGAGAGGCUCUGACCCCAGAAACGGAUGUCUCCGUUGCACACAUCCUGGCUGCCCGAGCUGACAUGUCUCGUCUUGUCCCAGCCACAAGCAAGUCUGCCCGCCGAGGAACCUCCUGUGCCAUCAACAAGGUGCUUAUGGGCAACAUGCCAGACCGAGGGGGCCGCCCAAAUGAGUUGGAGGCUCCCAUGCCCAGCUGGCAGAGCAGAAGAGAGGAUGGAGGCAGUCGGAAGUCAGGCCGCCAGGGCUGGGGCCGCAAGAAGAAGAAGAAAUAAAGGACUGGUAGCUGGGGCAGGUGUCCUCUAUGCAUUGCUGACACCAUUGAUAAUUUCUGGGGAGUCAAUUUGAUGGUUUUUCUUGGGACCUGAUAAUGAGGCCCCACAAACCAUGUUCCUGGGGCCCCAAAUGUCCUCCCCCCAUCUACUAUUUAACACCAAGGACCGUGUUCUCUUGAAAAUAAAUUUAAUUUAUAACAGCUAUAGGACCGGUCUUUGUG